GUUGGCGUUCACAACAAGAUUAGUCCACUUCACGAGUUUAAAGGAUAUACUGAUAGCGGAGAGACUAACAAGAAGUGGAUCUUUAAUAUUAGAUCUAAGGGUGACUCCGGUUUUAUGUCCGGCGACCUAGUUGAGAUGGACAAGUUUGGAUACAUGUACUUCAAGGACAGAUGUGGCGACACUUUUAGAUUUAAAGGAGAAAACGUGUCGACAACAGAUGUGGAGGCAGUGAUUCAAAGCACUCUUAACCACAAAGACUGCACUGUUUUUGGCGUAACAGUCGGUCAGAGCGAAGGAAAGGCAGGAAUGGCUGUAAUUAACGCCAAUCCAAAUGAAAUUGAUUUACAAGAAUUGGCGCAACAGUUGUCUCGACGGCUGCCCUCGUAUGCGAUCCCUUUGUUUAUAAAACUGACCGCCGAUAUAGAGGUUACGGGAACUUUCAAACUCAUUAAAUACAAACUUCAAAACAUGGGAUUCACCCCU